CGGCGCCAAGUCAGAGUGUUCUGAAGACUAAAACCAAAAAAACCCUCUUCAGCCUUCAUCUCCAAGGAGCAAAUCACUCCCCUUUUCCCUUCAAUUGACAUCAACCACUCCGGCGCCGACGAGCCCAGUUGAUAGAAAUCUUCUCCCAGGGAGUGGGUGUGGAUUUUUCCAGUUACAGGUCGCAGUCAAGAGAGACAUCUGUUGCGUUCAAUUGGGUUGAAGAGAAUGGGGAGAGGGUUGAAGGGACUGGUGAAGAAGGGAUUGGGGGAGAUGGAUUUCACCGCCGGCGGCGGAGUCAUCAAUUGGUUCCCGGGACACAUGGCUGCGGCCACUCGCGCCAUACGCCAGCGCCUCAAGGUUUCCGACCUUGUGAUUGAAGUCCGCGACUCUCGUAUACCGUUGUCGUCUGCAAAUGCUGAUUUGCAGCCUCAGUUGUUGUCCAAACGUCGGGUGAUUGCUCUCAACAAGAAGGACUUGGCGAAUCCUAAUAUUAUGCAUAAAUGGGUUAGUUAUUUUGACUCGUGCAAGCAGGACUGCAUCCAUAUCAAUUCGCAUAGCAAGAGCUCUGUCCAGAAGCUUCUUGAACUAGUGGAGUUGAAGCUUAAGGAGGCGAUUUCGAGGGAGCCUACUCUCCUUGUUAUGGUAGUUGGGGUCCCUAAUGUUGGAAAAUCUGCUCUCAUCAAUUCGAUUCACCAAAUUGCCUUGUCCCGCUAUCCUGCACCUGACAAGCUAAAGCGAGCUACAGUGGGUCCUCUGCCUGGUGUUACACAAGAUAUUGCCGGGUACAAGAUUGCUCAUCAGCCUAGCAUAUACGUUCUAGACACGCCAGGCGUGUUGGUCCCUAGCAUUCCUGACAUAGAAACUGGGCUAAAACUAGCCCUUGCAGGAUCAGUAAAAGAUUCCGUUGUUGGUGAAGAAAGAAUUGCUCAGUACUUGUUGGCAGUUCUAAACCUCCGCGGCACUCCCCUCCGGCCUCCACUGGAAGCACUGGAACAACAGGAAAAUGGACGGGAUCCGGUAUGAACCGGAGGACAAACAAAGCUACAGCCUUAAAGCCCUUCGACAAAAGGGAAGGAAGCAGCCCAACUUCUCAGAUCUCAUCUAUGUCGAGGAUAUGGUGACAGAAGUCCAAUGCGCGCUUUAUCGAACUCUGACGGAGUUCGAUGGCAACGUGGAGGAAGAAGGCGAACUGGAGCAUCUCAUAGAGGAGCAGUUCGGGGCGCUGCAGAAGGCCAUGAAGAUCCCUCACAAAGCAGGCGAAGCCCGGCUGAUGGUGUCGAAGAAGCUGCUAACUCUGUUCAGAACCGGUAAACUAGGGCCUUUCAUCUUAGAUGAUGUCCCUCAAUAACUCUAAUCACUACUGAAUUCUGAACUCUGAUAGAAUGUGUUUGGAAUCUGUAUGCUAUGUGGCCCUUUUGAUUGCCUCUUAUUUCCCCUUUUCUAUUAUUAGUGUAUGGUAUUCUAUAUUUAACCUUCUCCUUAAUCACCAUUAACCCUGAUAACUAUUUUUAGGGACAUUCCAUAUUUAGACCAGGCGCUGCAGCAACCUCAGUACCUAUAAAAGUUUGAACAAUCCUCCAAGCUAAUCAACAAUUCGAAUAAACUUGAUCUAACCAAUAAAAGAGAUAACAUAUUGUGAUCAUCAUCAUCAACUCAUCAUCCUCAUCAAGUAUGGCAGGGUACAGUAAGAAGGCCGUGGCUCUCCUCUUCUGCUUGGCAUUGAUCCUGAUGCAGAGCAGUUUCGCAGUGGCCGACGACACUGCUACUGCUCCGUCGCCCGACGAAGCAUCUCCACCAACGAAAGAAGCUAACUCGAACUCUUUCUCGUUCGAUCACACGUCCAUGUGCUGCAACAAACUGAUCACGCUUUGCUGCGACAAAGCUGAUGCAGCCAAGACUGAUGAUGGUGCCGCCGCUCCUGCUCCCUCUGUCGCCUAAAUGAUCAUCGUCGUCAUCGACAACUAUCGAUCGAUCUGUCUAUAUGCAUUCGUAUUUGCAUAUAGGAUCAUAUAUAAUUUAUUGACAUGAAUCCACAAUUGCUGUGAUUCCUUUUUUAUCUUUUCUUAGUCUGUAGGUAUUAAUGCGUAUAGAAAGAGAGGGGAUGUUGGUUUAUGUAAAAUGGUAUGCUCCUAUGAUCAGCAUACUCAGAAAUGUUUAUGUGAAAUGAUCUUCAUGAGAGUAUGGAGAUUAAGUUGGUGUAGUUGAACUCUGUUUCUCUUCAGAUUUCAAUCUGAUAUAUAAUAAAAUAAAAAAUUAUACAAUGCUUCUUAUAA